CGGUCACGAACGCGUCAGGGAAAACGCUUCCUGUUGCUCUCGGAUUUUCGCCAUCGCCCAUUCUUUAGUACGGUAUACAGCCAUGAGCUGCCUGGAGAAAACAUUUAGGCUUACGAGGCGCAGGUCUAUGCUGCAGGCCGUAGCAACAUCAACACCCCAAACCAGGAGGGGUAUCGAAAGCGACGAACGCGAUCCCAAGUCUUUUCUCUGGCUCAAGAUGCACAACUACCGAGACAACCUCAGCGCCCUGGAGAGCACCCGGUUCAGGCGACCGGCGACGAGAGACUUCCAGUACCUAGAAAUAGGAUGCGGACCGGGCAACUUCACGACGGAAGCCCUGCUGCCUCGACUGCGCCCCUGCAGACGCCUGGUGGCCACCGACAAGUCUGCGGCCAUGGUGGACUACGCCAGCUCGCAGUUCAAACAACGGGACGUCGUCUACGACGUCUUGGACAUCGACUGCGACUUCCGCAACGAGAUGGACGGCAUCAAUCGCAUCGUGGACGCGUACGGCCAGUUCGACCGGGUCUACUCGUUCAUGACCUUCCACUACGUGCGAGACCUGGCACGGGCGUACCGCAACGUGCACUCCUGCUUGAAGCAAGGCGGCGAAUGUCUCACGGUGUCGUUCGCUGGGGCCGCGAUCACUGACGUGUGGUACCGGCUCUACCACAGCAGCAAGUGGCGGCACUGGCUGCCUAAUCCGAGGCACUUGCUUUCCGAUCGAUUCUGCUACAGUGAACCCAUACCAGAGAUGGUAGCGACCGAAGAGCAGCAUCAGAUCGCCGCCUCCGGGAUGAAGCUCGUCUCGUGCCGAAUGUACGACACCAUAUGGACGAUGCCCAAUUUGGACAGCUGGCUCGAGUGCUACGUGCCAUUCUUCGGGCUGAUCCAGUACAUGCCUAUGGAGAAGCGGGGCGCAUUCCUCGACACAUGCAGGACUCUGCUCUCGGAGGCCUCGACAUCGUCGCCCGAUGGUGUCGGCCUCAGACACACCGUCAUCGUCGUCCACACGCAGAAACCGUGACGCCACCGACUUGGUCAGCGUUCGACGUGUUAGCGAGACUUCGAAAUCUCGGCGUUCAGUCGUCAACUGUAGACAGGCUUUGCAGUGUCGAGGUGCCAAAAACUGUACAUAGCAUUGAACGUUCGCCCCCUUGAGCGGUUCUGAAAAACGUUUUUAGCGCCACUUGUUCGAGACGCUUGCGUGACGUCAUAGCAUAGUCAUGAUACGCCUCUGUAUUUUACCUUUAUCGGAUCAUAUUGAUAUUUUAUUGUACAUAGUAUACUCACCUAAUAAAUUCGUCAUUCGAUCGUGCAG